GCGCUCCGGGCAGCGGCUCCAGGGCCGCCCCGCGCCUGCGCCGGGGAGCCGCGCGCCACUGUCCCCCGCGGGGACCGGGACCGGCCGGGCCCGGGCGCCCGGGAGCCCGAGGAGCCCGGCGGAGCCCGACGGGCCCGCGGCCGCGAUGCCGGACGAGCUGACGGAGCCCGGGCGCGCCACCCCGGCCCGCGCCUCCUCCUUCCUCAUCGAGAACCUGCUGGCGGCCGAGGCCAAGGGCGCCGGGCGCGCGGCCCAGGGGGGCGGCGGCCGCGAGGACGAGGAGGACGACGACGACGACCCGGAGGACGAGGACGCGGAGCAGGCGCGGCGGCGGCGGCUGCAGCGGCGGAGACAGCUGCGCGCGGGCGCCGGGCCGGGCGGGGAGGCGCGGGCGCGGGCGCUGCUCGGGCCCGGCGCGCUGGGCCUCGGUCCCCGGCCGACCCCCGGUCCCGGGCCGCCCUACGCUCUGGGCUGCGGCGGCGCCACGCGCUGGUACCCGCGGGCGCACGGCGGCUACGGAGGCGGCCUCAGUCCUGACACUAGCGACCGGGACUCACCGGAGACGAGCGAGGAGAUGGGCCGUGCUGAGGGCGCCUGGCAGCGGGGCCCCGGGCCGGGAGCGGUGCAGCGGGAGGCGGCAGAGCUGGCGGCGCGGGGCCCGGCGGCCGGCGCGGAGGAGGCAGCGGAGCUGGCCGAGACCCCGGCGGGGGCGGCGGAGGCGCGUGGCGGCGUUGGCGUUGGCGGCGGCCGCAAGAAGAAGACGCGCACGGUCUUCUCGCGCAGCCAGGUCUUCCAGCUGGAGUCCACCUUCGACCUGAAGCGCUACCUGAGCAGCGCGGAGCGCGCCGGCCUCGCCGCCUCCCUGCAGCUCACCGAGACGCAGGUCAAGAUCUGGUUCCAGAACCGCCGCAACAAGUGGAAGCGGCAGCUGGCGGCCGAGCUGGAGGCGGCCAGUCUGUCCCCGCCGGGCGCGCAGCGCCUCGUGCGCGUGCCGGUGCUCUACCACGAAAGCCCCCCGGCCGCGACCGCCACCGGGGCUCCCGCCGCGCUGCCCUUCCCGCUGGCGCCCGCCGCGCCCGCGCCGCCCCCGCCGCUGCUCGGCUUCUCUGGGGCCCUCGCCUACCCGCUGGCCGCCUUCCCGGCCGCCGCCUCCGUGCCCUUUCUGCGGGCACAGAUGCCCGGCCUGGUGUGAGCCCCCUGCCCGCUGGGCCCACUCCUCGUGGCCGCUGGGGACCUCUGCGGACACGCAGUCGGCGCAGCGGAGGCGGCGGGCGCUCGGAGGGCCGUCGGGGAGCGCUGGGACGUUCCUACGGAUCCUCUGCGCCUCGGGAGCGCCCCGGCGGCCGCGGCCGAGCCCCUGUCCGAAGAUCGUGCAGAAUGUAACAGGAAUGCCUGCGACUGUGACUCUCCAAACAGUUGCAAGGCUGGAUCCCCGCGGCGAAGAGGGCAUCAGAGGGAGACAGUCGGCCAUGCAACUCGGAGCCACAGGGGGUCACAGCCUAGAAGCAAAUUCAGCCACCCCUCCGGAGCCAGCAGCAUGGGCCCAGCUCACAGCAAAGGCAAACCACGUACAGGCUGUCCAGGGUGCUUUGAGGUGACACCGCCACCCGUGCUCCCCAACACGAAAGUCCCUUCCUGGGACUAUGCAGGCACCAGAGGGCAGAUCUCCAGGGGACUGUGAUCAGCCUGGUGGCCAGGAAGUUGCCGCUGCCUAGAGAACGCCUAGAGAGAGAGGCCCUGUGGAGGGGAAGGGGCAAAGGCCCUGCCAGGGGGUGCAUCCGUCAGAUCGUCCAUUCCGAAGGCAGGGCCAGACUGGCUUCUCUCCUGGGCUUCCGCUCGUCCUCCAGGCAAAGACUUUUUUUUUUUUUUUUUUUUAAUGAAUCUACUUAUUUGCGUAUGGAAUAAAAAGGGACG